CAGGGAUUCCCGCGAGGAACAACACGCAGGCAGCCGAAUUCCACCCACCGAGACCAGAUUCCGAGCACCGAGAGCCCAGCCGCGCUUGUGAAGGCCCCAUGGCGGGCCACCAGUGCGGUGACCAUGUCCACAUCGUUUGGGCCAAUUCCUCGGAUGCAUCAUCCAGUCAGUCGGAGACACCGCGCGGAAUUAUGCGGCAGACUCCGUUCAUGCCAACGGGCCACUCCUCCAGUUCGAGUCGCAACUCGCAGGACCUAAUGUAUGACCUGCACGUCAACUUUGGUCGCCUGGGUGGGCAGAGUCCAGGCCCUGGCAUGGCGCAGAACUAUAUGCCAGGCGGCCAGAUGCAUGGGCAAAUGCCCAUGACCCCCGGCAUGACCCCGGGCAUGACCAUGCCGAUGAACUCGCAAAUGAACAAUGGGAUGAGCAAUGGACCCUACGGCCUGCCGGUUUGGAACCAGAUGAACGUGCAGAACUCUGGUUUCGUCGACCCUGGCCAGAGCGCGUCGCAAGGCAUGCAGCAGAACAUGCCGCCACAAGGCAUGCAGCAGAACAUGCCGCAGCAAGGCUUGCAGCAGAACAUGCUGCCGCAGACCUUGCAGCAAGGCAUGCAGCAAAACUUGCAGGGCAUGCAGCAGGGCGCGCAGCAGGGAAUGCAGCAGGGCACGCAGCAAAUCUUGCAGCAGGGCGUGCAGCAGGGCAUGCAGCAGAACACGCAGGGCAUGCAGAGGGCGCAGCAGAAUGGCAGCCAGGCGGCGCCGGAGGCACCGCCAGUGCAAAGCCAGUCACGAGAGGCCAAUGGUGCCAACGGUGACGCGGGGCAAGUCAGCAAAGGCUCGGCUGGUCAUGCCAAGGGAACUUGCCGGCCUUGCCACUACUUCCACUCCCGGACUGGCUGCGCCAACGGGGACCAGUGCAUGUUUUGCCACCUGAAGCACCCGAAAAGGUCCCGGGUGCGGAUCCCGAAGCAGUACCGCCAGCAGUGCCGGGCGCUGGCGCAGCUGGUGUAUGACACCCAGAACUGCGAAAAGGACCUGCGGCAGGAGAUGGAGCUCCAGCUCCUGAUUCAAACCAGCUUCGACCACAGAUUGACGGCGUACGCCACUUCCGUAUUGAAGAGCCUUCGUGGAGGAGCUGUGCUGCAGGACUUCCCGCAGGGCCUCGCUGUUGACGCAGCACAGGCGAAGUGACAGCGACUCGAGGACUAGGUGUCCUGCUCCAGCUAGAAGCUCUGGCUUGGACUUCGCCUUCCGGAGUUCGGAGGCGACUUUCCGGUGCGCAGCUUUUGAGAUUUGAGCAGCUUUUGCGAGCGCAAAGGCACCGCACAGAAGCUUUGUGAAGCUGACGCAUUCCGAAACCCACAGCAGAGGC